GGCGGGCAGGACACGCGCCGAGACGCCCUAGAGUGCGCGCAUUCGACAAUGGCUCACCAGGAGGAAAACGAUGUUAUCUCGACUUUGACAGGUUUCUCUCUGGACAAUGUGCUCGCCGGCUUGUCUCUCCCUACAGGCACGGGCCGGCUACCAAGCAGUCUUGGGAUCUCAGGUCUUCCAUCCUUGGACGCGUCGCAGAUAUAUAGCGAAAGAUGGGACGACGACGAUGCAGUAGGGGCUGGAGAAGGGGAGGAUUACGAGGAUGAGGUGGACAGGGAAAUGCAAGAUGAGGAUCCGUACGAGUCAGCGGUCAAGAUGGAGGUCCAGUCUCCGAUUAGCCUUCGACCAAAGCAGAGGCGUACGCGUCUAGUGAAACGUCUCGUGGAAAGACCGAAAACGGUGUACGAGCGAUUCCCUGCGUUCGAAAAGGACAAGGUCCUCAACUUCUCCGAGCUCUUCAAAGGAUACACCGUCACCAAGUCUCGGCUUUCGAAGCGAGCCCUCCAGGCUGAAAGUGUAUACGCGAAGAAACGAGAAGCACCCAAGGGUUUCCUUGACGCAAUUGUCGGUGACACCAGGCGACAGGUUGAGAACAAACGGGUGGAGGCAGUGGUAUCAGCUGGGAGCAUAGAUAAUGACCUGCUUAAAACACUGCAGGCUCGGGAGAACUCUGACGUUCCUGUCACGCUUCCCCUUCAUGACCGCAGCUUCGACCUUGUCCUCUUAUCCAAUUGGGAAGACCAGAUCGUCAUUCACCCUGAGAAUGCAUUCCCUUCUCACAAACUCGAAGACAACAACCUCACGAUGCCAGUCAACAAGUCCUUGGAGUCUGGCGCAUGGACUCAGAGUAUCAUAUGGAAUCCAAACGCACCAUUCAGGGAUUUCACACAACUUGAGCUCGAUCACGAAGAGGACGAGUACCCUGAAGAACGACCUCAAGAAACUGCGCGGCCGCGGAAGCGUUUCCGUGCUGAAGGUGCUCCGUCCAGAGACAAGUUCAAUUUGUCCAACGAUCACUUCUAUGAAGUUUCCAAGGACGGCGCCCGCCACCGGGUUCGGCAGACAUUCGGUCAGCUCGUGGUCGAGCACGCCUACCCUGCUCAGAAGUUGCAACUGCCCUUUUACAAGACACGUGUUUCGAAGCAGGAAGCCCGUGCAUUCCACCGUCCUGCCUUACAAUUCCCUGUCAACUUUGAAAUUCACUUUACGAAGGUUCGUACUGCCAAGAAGAAGAAGGACAAAGCUGGUCGCAAAGUGGGCAAAGGUGGUAAUAUUGGCGAAGGACUGCGGAAAACAAAUGAUCUCACCUUAAAAGACACAAGCAACUUUGUCCUUUGGGAGUACUCUGAAGAGCAUCCUCCAAUCAUACAAAACUUCGGAAUGGGCAGUAUCCUUGUCAACUAUUAUCGCAAGAAAGAUGAGAAAGACGAGCAUAUCCCCAAACUGGACCUCGGCGUUCCAUUUGUUCUUGAGCCUCAAGACGAGUCCCCCUUUAUGAAGUUUGGUUAUGUCUACCCCGGACAGACUUUUCCAGCGGUAUACAACAACCUAAUCCGAGCGCCAUUGUUCCGACACAAGCCUUACCAGACUGAUUUCCUUUGCGUGAGGAGUACAAUCAGAGGCGAAACUAGAUACCACUUGCGAGAGAUCAAGAACCUUUUCGUCGUUGGCCAAAGCUACCCAGUCACCGAAGUACCGGGUCCUCAUUCACGAAAGAUCACGAACACCAUCAAACAUCGUCUACAAAUCAUUGCUUUCAAGUUGCUCAAGAAGAGCUAUGAGGAGCGCCUCAAAAUCUCUCGGUUGAUGAAAUACUUCCCGGAUCAAAAUGAGCUACAGAUGCGCCAGCGGCUCAAGGAGUUCAUGGAGUACCACCGACGGGGUAUUCAUCAAGGGUUCUGGAGGCUGAAGUCAGGCAUUACCAUUCCGAGCGACGCCGACAUGCUCAAAAUGGUCGGGCCAGAACAGGUGGUCCUCAUGGAGAGCAUGCAAGUUGGACAGCGUCAUCUCCAAGAUGCUGGGUACACACAAACGGCCGAGCAGGAAAAGGAUGCGGACGAGGAGGGUGAAUCGAAGCUCUCGGUAGAGCAACAACUCGCGCCCUGGAUUACGACGAAGAACUUCUUGUUUGCGACGCAGGCCAAGGCCAUGCUUCGUCUGCAUGGUGAAGGUGAUCCUACGGGUAGAGGAGAGGCAUUCAGCUUCAUCCGAAUAUCUAUGAAGGAUAUCUUUGUGAAGGCGGGAGAGGAUUAUGAGCAGAAACUAGCCGAGGCGGAAAAUCGGCCAAAGUCUGCUCAUAGAUACAACGUUGCUGAGCAGCAGCAGAUCUACAAGUCCGAAAUCGAACGCAUUUGGAAAGCGCAGUUUGACUCGCUGAGCCGGACGGAUGAACCAGAGCUCAGUGAGGAAGACGAGCCAGUUCCAGAUCCCAAGAAGUCAAUGCAACGGCAACCUUCACUAAAGUUCGAGGGCAUGCCUUAUUCGCCAGCAAUGUCCCCCGUUACGCCCGGUCCCAUGUCCCCUUCGUUCAGUCGAGCUUCCUCUGUUGAUCACGACCGAGAGAUGAGCAUGGGCCCGAACGACAGCCGCAAAGUGCUUCGCAUUCGCCGACUGGUUGAUGACGAGUGGCAAAUGGAGAUCAUUCGCGAUCCUGCGGUCAUACGCGCGUAUGUUCGCGCAAGGCAGCUUCUCGAGGAAGAGCAGACGCUCGCAGACAAUCUCGCGCCCACGGGCGAUGCUUUCAAGGACAAACGUUACAAGAAGAUGCUCGAGGAUCAGAUAGCGCGCAUGAAGAAGAACCAAGAACGCCGUCUUCAUCGCAAGAACGCGAAGAUUGUCAAGGAAGGAGGGACACCAAUGCAACUAGACCGGCCGCUGAAACCGGACACUACGAGACGCUGCGGUCACUGUGGCCAAAUGGGUCAUAUGAAGACCAACCGGAAGUGUCCGAGAUGGGCUGAGUUCAACAGCGGUGCAACCCCUUUACCCGCGACGCCGGCAUCUGCCACAAGUCCACCGCCGGGCACACCCAUGUCCAACAUGGGCGGGUUCAGCCGACAGGGACCGUCAUUUGGGUUUGGAGCGGCUGUGCCUUCCCCUCUGGCAACGAGCCCACCCAUGACCGCCGUCGGAGAGGACCCGCUGCCUCCAACACCAUCUGGAUCUGCACCCAAGAUCAAACUCACGCUCAAACGCACAUGAUGAGAGAUGAAUGCAAUUUGCUAUGUAUGCGCCAGUAUAAGCCGAUGUAUUAUGUUACAGUAUCCACACACAUGCUUAAUGUUAAUGUUCGCUAUAACUUACAGUUGAAAUGAAUGAAUCGAGAGCAAGUCCGAGAAUGCCGAAAGAGAUAAACGGAAACCAAGCUAAACUACGCCGCAGCCAUCUCAACGUCCAGUGACCGUGGAAUGGGCGCCGGAGGCGGACGCGAUCCAUACCGCUGCUUGAAGUCCUGGUUGAUCUUGACAAGCAGAUCCCGGAUGAGCUCGGCGUGCUUGCGCCGCUCAGACGGCGAUAUCUCCUUUGUUCUGUGUUCGAGUUCUAUCUGGCCCACCUUGCGCGCGAGGUCAUCGCCCUCUACAGCCAUAGCAACCGAGCGAAGGCUGGGGAGGAUCAUGUCCGCCGAGGAAGGUGAUGACCGUGUGGAGCUAGGCGUGGUGCCACGAGAAGAGGCACUCGACCGCGGCGAAGACGAGGGCGACGUAGAACGGUACAUCUCGGAAAUGGGAGGCAGCCUGAUACGGCCGGUUUCGUCUCUCUUGACGCUGAGCGUCGGCAGCUUGAAGUCGCUGUCCUCCAAAGACGGGUAAAGCUUGGUCGAGGACGACUCGAGCGAGAAGCUCUGCAGUGCUGCCGGAGGACCGCGUUCCACGACUUUCCGCAGCUUGGGUUCCACUGGAGCCGGUGGCUUGGUAGACGCACCCAUCUGGAGCGGGACCAUAUUGCUCCGCCGUGCGUCAGCGUAAAAGUCCGGCUUAGAUAGCUGUACACUCGGAGGCAUCCCACGCGGCUCACGCAGAACAUCGAACGUUGCGAAGUUGUCUGAGAUCGUGGCAUGAUGAGGAGGCGUGGCGUUGGAAGGCGUGGAACUUGACGACCCAGGAGAAGUCGGGUCAAGCGGAGGUGUAGGAUGAUGGUAAGCUGACGCCGAUUGGUACUGACGAGCAUACAUCGCCGCAUAGUCAUGCGAUGCAGGUGCGGAGACACGGCGCUCGGCGUAGGACAUAGGCACGUUCGAUGGCGCGUUCAUACCCGCAUACAUGGCAUCUGCGUUAUAACCACCGGGGUUGACCGAAGCAUGAGUCGACCUGUGACUCGAGGGAGGGGAAGGAUACGCGUUCGUGGCAAAGGCAGGAGCCUGAGCAUACCCUGCUUGUUGCGUGAAGUUAGCACCCGACCCGGCAAGUCCUGGCAUACCAGCAAGACCAAGCUGGCUGAGGCCGUCUGUGUCGAAGUAAGAAGGGGGAGAGAUCCGGUCCGCAGUGGGGUGAGCGUUGCGGUGUUGCGCCGCCGUAGUGACAUCACGUCCCAGAGUAACGAGGAAUUCGUUUACAGCCGCUAAUUCCUGAGGAGUACGGAUAUUGAGCGAGAUUGAGCGGGGAUUGAAGCUAUCGGGAUAAGGGGCGGGAGUAUCGUUGAAAGCCAAGUUAUUCAAGCGUUCAGCCAUGUGGGUGUCAUACGACGGCGUCACCUUGCGUUUCUUCAUGUCAAGCAAGAAGUCGUCAACUGCGUAAUCAAGAGACCUCUUAGUGCGGGUAGGGGCCAUAGGCAUACCCUCGUGUUUGACACCUUCCCAUGUGGGAACCUGGUUGUGAAGGAAAAGGUCGUAUGCAGGGUCUGAGACCUGACCUGGAUGUGCAUGGCUGUCUAUUUCGGGGGAGGGCGUGGGGAGGAAACCGUUAGCAGGGGCUCCGUGGAAGUUGUCCGAAUGGGGACGGGCGAAGGGCGAGUGAACUUUCGAUGGAACACCACCUCCGGACGCAGGACCGAUCUUGCUGAGAGGCCUGUUGAUCUGCCCCUUUUGGUCGAGACCGUCCCCGCGGACACGAGAGACGUACAUGGGGUCGACAACGGUGAUAGCCUUUGAAUGCUUGUGUUGAGCGUGGUGCUCUUCGGUGUGAAUUUUUUCGUGUUUCUUGAGAUCCUGAGGGCGCUUGAAGGACUUUUUGCAAAUCUCACAGACGUGCGGUUUCAAGGGAGUAUGAACUCGGAGGUGGCUUGUGAUAUGAUCACGUUUGGCGCAUGUGGUGGCACAGUCUUUCCAUUUGCAGGUGAGACAGAGGUUGUUGGUGCUCUUCCUGCCAAUGUGGUCAUUGCAGAGAUGGUUGUAGAGCAUCUCUGGGUCUGGGAAGGCGGUGGUGCAAUCUGCCCAUUGGCAGGUAUGAGCCUCCUGUUGUUGCGGGGAAGGAGACACGGAGUGGUGGUGGUCCGCUGCCGGUGAGGUGGAUGAGUCCUUUGAAGAAGAUGGCGGAGAAGGUGGAGAGGCCAUGGCUGGGUAGGCGGAGAUGGCCUGGAGAGUUUGCUGGAGUACGUC